AAAGUCAAAGUAAAUAAUUGCGUAUACUCAUAUAGAUAAUGCAAGUACGGACACACUUGUUACACCCACCGAGGAAAAAUGGGCUCAGUGGAAAUCGAGGCUCCCAAAACCUCCGAGGAAGAUGAGCUCUCUCCGAUAGAGCAAGUCCGGUUAACCGUACCGAACACGGACGACCCGACCCUGCCGGUAUGGACCUUCAGAAUGUGGGUCCUCGGCGUCUUCUCCUGCGUCCUCCUCUCCUUCCUCAACCAGUUCUUCGGCUACCGGAAGGAGCCUCUGGUCAUCACCCAGAUCACCGUCCAGGUGGCAACCCUCCCCAUCGGGCGGUUCAUGGCCGCCGCCCUGCCCGCGACCAAGUUCAGGAUCCCCGGGUUCGGGUCGAGGGAGUUCUCGUUGAACCCGGGCCCGUUUAACAUGAAGGAGCACGUGCUGAUCACCAUAUUUGGGAACGUGGGGAGUGGGACGGCUUACGCAGUUGGUAUUGUUACCAUCAUUAUCGCUUUUUACCGCAGGAGUAUCUCUUUCUAUACUGGCUGGCUUCUCAUUAUUACCACUCAGGUGCUUGGAUAUGGAUGGGCUGGACUUCUCAGGAAAUACGUAGUGGAGCCAGCUCAUAUGUGGUGGCCCAGCACCCUCGUUCAAAUCUCACUCUUCAGGACACUUCAUGAAAAGGAAAACGAAGAGGACAAGCGGUACAUGUCACGCGCAAAGUUUUUUGUGAUUGCUCUCACUUGCAGUUUUUUAUGGUACUUCUUCCCUGGUUACCUAUUCCAGACUCUGCAAAGCAUAUCAUGGGUAUGUUGGGUCUUUCCCAAAUCCGUUACCGCCCAACAAAUAGGGUCUGGAAUGAACGGGCUUGGACUAGGAGCCCUGACAUUAGACUGGGCCACAAUAGCCUCAUUUUUGUCCAGCCCACUCAUAAGUCCAUUCUUUGCCAUUGCCAACAUCUUUGUUGGGUACACAUGUGUGAUGUACAUUGUGAUUCCCUUAUUUUAUUGGGGAUUUAAUGUUUAUAAUGCCAAGAACUUCUCCAUUAUCUCAUCUGACUUGUUUACUGCACAAGGUCAACAGUAUAAUAUAUCAGCUAUUGUUAAUAAUAAGUUUGAGCUUGAUGAGGCUCAAUAUGCUAAGCAAGGAAGAAUCCAUUUAAGUACCAUGUUUUCUUUGGCCUAUGGAUUUGGAUUUGCCACUAUUGCAUCCACACUAUCUCAUGUAGCCAUCUUUUAUGGAAGAGAAAUAUAUGAACGAUAUAGAGCAUCUACAAAGGGAAAAGUGGAUAUACAUACGAGAUUGAUGCGAAACUACAAAGACAUACCUUCUUGGUGGUUUUACAUACUUCUUUUAGUGACGAUGACGGUGUCACUUGCACUAUGCAUCUUCUUGAAAGAUGAGGUUCAGAUGCCUUACUGGGGACUUCUCUUUGCAGCUGCUAUUGCUUUCGUGUUUACCCUCCCCAUUAGUAUCAUUACAGCCACCACAAACAUGACACCGGGACUAAAUAUAAUUACAGAAUACAUAAUGGGGAUAAUAUAUCCUGGAAAACCUAUAGCUAAUGUGUGCUUCAAGACGUACGGUUACAUGAGCAUGUCUCAAGCUGUAUCCUUCCUCAGUGAUUUCAAGCUGGGUCAUUAUAUGAAGAUCCCUCCUAGAUCAAUGUUUUUGGUUCAGUUCAUUGGAACCAUCAUUGCUGGAACAACAAAUAUGAUUGUUGCAUGGUGGCUCUUGCACUCAGUUGACAACAUAUGCCACCAGACCAAGUUCUCAAACAGCCCAUGGACCUGCCCGGGUGACCACGUCUUCUUUGAUGCUUCAGUCAUCUGGGGACUCGUUGGGCCAAAGAGGAUAUUCGGGUCGCUCGGGAACUACUCCGCCCUUAACUGGUUCUUUCUGGGCGGGCUAAUGGGUCCCAUUAUAGUAUGGGCUUUACACAAGGCAUUCCCUUCCCAGUCCUGGAUCACCUUCAUCAACCUCCCUGUUCUUUUUGGAGCCACCCAUAGCAUGCCUCCCGCGUCUUCCUUAAACUACACCUCUUGGAUUCUGGUGGGGACCGUCUUCAACUUCUUCGUUUUUAGGUACCGGAAGAAGUGGUGGCAGAGGUAUAACUAUAUCCUGUCAGCAGCGUUAGAUGCCGGCGUUGCUUUCAUGGCAGUCUUUCUGUACUUCGUCGUUGGGUUGGAGAAUAGAAGUGUGACAUGGUGGGGGACCACUGACCCUGAGCAUUGUGAUCUUGCCACUUGCCCCACUGCCAAAGGCAUAUCUAUUGAUGGUUGUCCUACAUUUUAGCUUCAAGUUUGCAUAGCAUGUAAGGUGGGUAUAGCCUCUAAGGCUGUAAAAAGAAAUCAAUUUGUAUGUAAAAUAUCUGUAUUGAAAUUUAUUUGAAAACAAUUUAUCACAAUAGAAUCCAUUUUAUUCUUUUGCAUUGUAAAUUAAUAGACAUGCUACGAAAAGACACUUUUAAUGACAAUUAGUUUAUGACAAUGUUAUUUUAAAUUAGGAAGUCUUGAAAAACAAUGUUAAUUUGUUAUUAACACUUGUACCAAAUUAAAAUAAUUUGUAAUCCUACCAAGUUGUGGCUAGCAGUACACCAAAAAAGAAUGUCUCAUAUGAUCCAAAUUUGCCUCAGAUCAGUAAUAAGCAUUUCCCCAAAAAGAAAAAACAAUGAAAUCACAAACGUGUGGGUUAGAACGAAGAGGUGCAUCAAGAUCCACACAUCCAAUCCUAUCACAAGAAGCAGAGACUUCAUCACCGGCACCGGAGAAAGAAGAAGAUGCUUCAUCAUCAAAGGAAAAGUUCUCUGGGGAUGAUGAUGAGGCUGUGUGGACGUUUCGCGUAUUCGUGUUGGGAUCAUUGUCGUGCAUCUUCUUAAUAAUCGCAAACAAAUAUUAUCUGGAAGAAACGGCGGAAAGUGUGAUGUCAAUGGUGGUUGCAAUGGCUGUGGCGUACCCGGCGGGGGUCCUCAUGGCUAAGAAGAUGCCAAAGAGGAGGAUCUACGUGAGGGCGCUUGAUUUCGAGUUUGUGUUGAACCCUGGGCCUUUAAGCAUGAAGGAAUAUGUUUUGAUCACUACGUUAGGAAAUGUAGGUGCUGUCUAUGGUGGCUUGACCUCUCAUUCUAUCCCUCAUUCCUUGUCAUUCUAAUUGGUUUCUGCACAUAAAAAAACACCUUCCCUGUAUGGAUCUCUUGCUGGGAGAAUACAGAAAUGUCCGAGGAAAGCUAUUUUAUUACGAAGUAUAUUAGGCUUUACUUUGAAAAUAAAACAAAGGCCAAGAAGUGGUUGUUUAUUUUACAACUCAUAGUAAACAUAUUUUUCGUCUUGAAAAUAUAACACAAUGUCCAUUCAAAACGUAGUAUUAGCACUAUUUUGAUUUACCUGUUCAGUAGGCCCCUUUUUUACAACUCCUAUUGUGCACAACUCAUUCAUCAAUUCCGAAGCUUCCUUCCCAAACCCUUCAUUCGUUAGACCUUUAAUGAGAAUAAUGUAAGUAGUUUCAGUCGGUUGACAUCCCCUUGACACCAUAUCAGCCAAGAAGUCAAUUGCACGGUCUGUUUGGCGAAUUUUGCAAAGUCCAAAUAUUACACCAUUGUAAGUGAUAGAAUUAGGUACGACACCCAACCCUCCCAAGUCACGAAACAACUCGAUGGCUUUAUAUACAUUCCCUUCCCUACUAAGCCCCCAGAUGAGCGCAGUGUAGGUAAUCAAAUUGGGUUUGAAACCCUUUUUCAUCAUCUCAUCUAACAGCUCUAUGACCCUCUUCGUUUUGCCCACCUUUGCUAGCCCAUAUAUAAUCACAUUGUAAGUUUGAAGCACAGGAGAACAUUCAUGUUUCGUGCUCAGUUGGUCAAAGAUUUCAAUUGCCAAAUCAACCUUCCCAUCUUUGCAAAGGGCAUUGAGUAGUGUGUUAUAGGUCACGAUAUCAGGGUAACACCCCUGGGAAACCAUCACUUCUAGAUACUCAAUGGCUCUGUCCAUCUUUUUCUCCUUACAAAGAGCAUAAACUAUUGGAUUGUAACUCAAUGAAUUGGGAGUACAACCGUGCAUUGGCAUUUUCUCCAACAGGUCAAUCGCUCUUCCCAAAAUGCCCUUCCGGCACAAGAAAUUGAUAAGGAUGUUAAAGGUGACGACACUCGGAGAAAUGUUCUUUUUCCUAGCCAUCUCUCCAAACAGCCUCUCAGCUUCCUCCCACCUAUCGGUGGUACACAAGCUACGUAAAAUAGUGUUGAGAGUGAUCACAUUUGGAUGGACCCCAUAUGAUGGCAUCUCAUUCAAAAACUCAAUCGCUUUGUCCAAAUGCCCGCUCUUGCAAAUUGCAUUAAUCAGAAUGUUACACGUCACUUCAUUCGGCCUACAUCCCAUACUCCUCAUAUCAUCAAAUAACUUCAUCGCCCGCUGGACAUCACUACCCUUGCACAUUGCCUCAAUCAGAAUGGUAUAAGUGUAUACAUCAGGGUAACACUUCCACUUUAGCUGCAAAUCAAGAACCUCCAUAGCCUGUUUAAGUCUUCCAUUCCGGCAUAAAGGUCUGAGGAUCUUGUUGUAUGUGACAAUAUCAGGAGAAACAGUCAUUUUCUUCAAGAUAUUCAAGGCGUCAUGAAACUCACCCGCCUUACAAUGUGCAACAAUCAAGGCCUGGUAGGUGAUGACAUCAGGAUCCACCCCUGAACCCUCUAAAAUCUUCAUUACACUAGUGGCCAUCUUAGUCUGCCCAUUUCCACAAAAACCCCUAACCAACUUCUCAAGCAUAUGCACAUCCGGGAUUUCGCCUCGGCCAAUCAUGGUCAAAAGGUGUCUAAAACCUUCCCCCAAUUUACCAUCACACACCAGCUUCCUAAGGUGGUAAUUGCUCUCAAGGUUAUUACUACUGUUAUUGGUCGUUAUAAUUUCAGUACUUGAUAAAGCAAAGACCUUGUCUAGCCGAAGUUUUGAAUUACGUUCCAGUUUUUUCAGUCCACUAAGAGAACUUGAAAGCAAAUUUGUAAAACGGAUAGUAACACAUCGACCUUUGACCUCGAAGGAGUGAGCUCUAAAACUUCCUUCAUGAUUACAGCAAUUUGAGCAAAAAAAAUCGUGGGUUUGCUUCGUAGGCACUAUUAUCUCCAUUUUCAACCAAAACAAUUAAGAACGAACUAACUAAUGGUUGUAAUUCGAGUUCAAAGAAUCAAAACCUCACGCAUGCUAAUAAGCGCUAGUGCAAACAGACAGAAAAAAAAGAGCAAGCUAGAGAAGAAGGACCGCUGAAGUUUUGGCCGGAACAGUGACGAGCAAUACGGAUGAGGCACGGUGGGCUCCGACUCCUCCGAGAUAAGGUCUAUGCGGCCUGCAGCUUUAUUUUUUU